AUGGUUUCCGGAGUCGGCGGCGGAAGAGGAGGAAGCGGCGCUAGUGGCCGCAGCCGUGGUGAAGAGGCGGCGUCGUCGAGUCACCGCGUCGACCAUAGUCUCCACACCACCACUCAUCACCGGAGAGAGCAAGCUCAAUCGUCGGGGACGAAAUCACUCAGGCCGCAAAAUCAGCCCCAAAGCCACACGGAAUCAAUGAGCAAAGCUAUCCAGCAGUACACUGUCGACGCGAGACUCCAUGCCGUCUUUGAACAAUCCGGCGAGUCCGGCAAGUCGUUCGAUUACUCACAAUCCCUCAAAACGACGACGUAUGGCUCCUCCGUGCCUGAGCAGCAGAUCACGGCGUAUCUCUCCAGGAUCCAGCGUGGCGGCUACAUACAGCCGUUCGGAUGUAUGAUCGCCGUCGACGAAUCCACCUUCCGAAUCAUCGGCUACAGCGAAAACGCGCGGGAAAUGCUGGGCCUUAUGCCUCAAUCAGUUCCCAGCCUCGAGAAACCGGAGAUUCUAGCGAUGGGGACGGAUGUGCGAUCUCUCUUCACCGCUUCGAGCUCAAUUCUCCUCGAGCGUGCCUUCGUGGCUCGAGAAAUCACGCUGCUGAAUCCCGUUUGGAUCCACUCGAAGAACACCGGUAAACCGUUUUACGCAAUCCUCCACCGGAUCGACGUAGGAGUCGUCAUCGAUUUAGAGCCAGCGAGAACCGAAGAUCCAGCGCUUUCGAUCGCCGGAGCGGUCCAAUCGCAGAAACUCGCGGUCCGCGCGAUCUCACAGCUCCAAUCGCUUCCCGGCGGAGACAUCAAGCUUCUCUGUGACACUGUUGUGGAGAGCGUGAGAGACCUCACUGGAUACGACCGUGUGAUGGUCUACAAGUUUCACGAAGACGAGCACGGAGAAGUUGUCGCCGAGAGCAGGCGAGACGAUUUAGAGCCUUACAUUGGUCUACAUUAUCCGGCGACUGACAUUCCUCAAGCGUCACGGUUCUUAUUCAAGCAGAAUCGCGUCCGUAUGAUCGUUGACUGCCACGCCACGCCGGUUCUCGUGGUGCAAGACGACCGGCUCACUCAGUCCAUGUGCUUGGUUGGUUCGACUCUCAGGGCUCCUCAUGGAUGCCACUCUCAGUACAUGGCUAACAUGGGAUCAAUCGCGUCUUUAGCAAUGGCGGUGAUUAUAAACGGCAAUGAAGACGACGGGAGCAAUGUCGCCGGUGGGAGAAACUCUAUGAGGCUUUGGGGUUUAGUUGUUUGUCACCACACCUCCUCUCGCUGCAUACCAUUUCCUCUAAGGUACGCUUGCGAGUUUCUAAUGCAGGCGUUUGGGUUACAGUUGAACAUGGAACUGCAGCUGGCUUUGCAAAUGUCAGAGAAACGCGUUCUGAGAACGCAGACGCUGUUGUGCGAUAUGCUUCUCCGUGAUUCCCCUGCUGGGAUUGUUACACAGAGUCCUAGCAUCAUGGACUUGGUGAAAUGCGACGGUGCGGCGUUUCUUUACCACGGGAAGUAUUAUCCGUUAGGUGUUGCUCCUACUGAGGUUCAGAUAAGAGACGUUGUGGAGUGGUUGCUUGCGAAUCAUGCGGAUUCAACAGGGUUAAGUACUGAUAGUUUAGGCGACGCUGGAUAUCCCGGUGCAGCUGCGUUAGGGGAUGCCGUGUGUGGCAUGGCGGUUGCGUAUAUCACGAAAAGAGAUUUCCUUUUUUGGUUCCGUUCUCACACAGCUAAAGAAAUCAAAUGGGGAGGCGCUAAGCACCAUCCCGAGGAUAAAGAUGAUGGGCAGCGGAUGCAUCCUCGUUCGUCCUUCAAGGCUUUUCUUGAAGUUGUUAAGAGCCGGAGCCAGCCAUGGGAAACUGCGGAAAUGGAUGCGAUUCACUCGCUCCAGCUGAUUCUUAGAGACUCGUUUAAAGAAUCUGAGGCAGCUAUGAACUCUAAAACUGCAGAUGGUGCGGUUCAGCCUUGUAGAGAUAUGGCAGGAGAGCAGGGGAUUGAUGAGUUAGGUGCAGUUGCAAGAGAGAUGGUUAGGCUCAUUGAGACUGCAACUGUUCCUAUAUUUGCUGUGGACGCAGGAGGUUGUAUUAAUGGAUGGAACGCUAAGAUUGCGGAGUUGACAGGUCUCUCUGUUGAAGAAGCUAUGGGGAAGUCUCUGGUUUCUGAUCUAAUAUACAAAGAGAACGAAGAAACUGUUGAUAAGCUCAUUUCUCGUGCUCUGGGAGGGGAUGAGGACAAGAAUGUGGAGGUGAAGCUGAAGACUUUCAGCCCUGAACUUCAAGGGAAAGCGGUUUUCGUGGUGGUGAAUGCCUGUUCAAGCAAGGACUACUUGAACAACAUUGUGGGUGUCUGUUUUGUUGGACAGGACGUUACUGGUCAGAAAAUCGUAAUGGAUAAGUUCAUUAAUAUACAAGGAGACUACAAGGCUAUAGUCCAUAGCCCAAACCCACUGAUCCCGCCAAUCUUUGCUGCUGACGAGAACACUUGCUGCCUGGAGUGGAACAUGGCGAUGGAAAAGCUUACGGGUUGGUCUCGCGGUGAAGUGAUUGGGAAAAUGCUUGUUGGGGAAGUGUUUGGGAACUGUUGCAGGCUAAAGGGUCCUGAUGCUUUAACCAAGUUCAUGAUUGUAUUGCAUAAUGCAAUCGGUGGUCAAGACACGGAUAAGUUCCCUUUCCCGUUCUUUGACCGCAAUGGGAAGUUUGUUCAAGCUCUGUUGACUGCAAACAAGCGGGUAAGCCUCGACGGAAAGGUCAUUGGGGCUUUCUGUUUCUUGCAGAUCCCGAGUCCUGAGCUGCAGCAAGCUUUAGCAGUCCAACGGAGGCAGGACACAGAGUGUUUCACAAAGGCGAAAGAGUUGGCGUACAUUUGUCAGGUGAUAAAGAAUCCUUUGAGCGGGUUGCGUUUCACAAACUCAUUGUUGGAAGCUACAGAGUUGAACGAGGAUCAGAAACAGUUUCUUGAAACAAGUGUGUCUUGCGAGAAACAGAUCUCGAGGAUUGUCAGUGACAUGGAUCUUGAAAGAAUUGAAGACGGUUCGUUUGAGCUAGAGAGAGCGGAGUUUUUCCUCGGAAGUGUCAUAAACGCGAUUGUAAGCCAGGCGAUGUUCUUAUUAAGGGAGAGAGGUCUUCAGCUGAUCCGUGAUAUUCCCGAAGAGAUCAAAUCCAUAGCUGUUUAUGGAGACCAGACGAGGAUUCAACAGCUCCUGGCUGAGUUUCUGCUGAGUAUAAUCCGGUAUGCACCGUCUCAAGAGUGGGUGGAGAUCCAUCUAAGUCAAGUUUCAAAGCAAAUGGCUGAUGGAUUCUCCGCUGUCCGCACGGAAUUUAGAAUGGCGUGCCCAGGUGAAGGUCUGCCUCCAGAGCUGGUCCGAGACAUGUUCCAUAGCAGUAGAUGGACGAGCCCCGAAGGGUUAGGUCUAAGCGUAUGUCGAAAGAUUCUAAAGCUCAUGAACGGCGAGGUUCAAUACAUCCGAGAGUCAGAGCGGUCCUAUUUCCUAAUCAUUCUCGAACUCCCGGUUCCUCUGAAACGCCAGUCUUCAACCGCAAACGCUAGUGGCAGCGGCGGCGACAUGAUGUUGAUGAUGCCAUAUUAG